AUGGACACGCGAGAUUGGCCUCCCGGCACCGGCACUGGCGCCCAGAUAUGCCGGCAAAGGGAACCGCGUAAGCCUCUCUCGUGGGCCGCCGCCGUCGAUGGUCAUCCGCCAGAGGGCAUGGUCAUGGGCGGGCGAGUGACCAAGGGAGGAGAGGAGAUGGGAAGGGCAAGGGGUGUCAUGCAUCGUAGGCGCGGCGGGAGAUGGCGUGAUGCCUAUUCGGGCAGCGCCAACGAGCCUAUCUUUCUUUACCCUCCUGUCCCUGGCAGGGAUCCUCAGGUCGGAGUAGAGGCGGCUGAUCAGAUUGGAGGCGAUGGAUGCGCCCGAUUAGGUCGAGACUGA